ACGCUUCGUUUUUUCUCAUUCCUGCAAAGCCAAAAGCUCCCAUCUGUUUUUCCUUUCUAUUUUACUUUUAAUUUUGGAAGUUUAACAUUCGAGCCACUCUCUCUAUGUAGCUCACCUCUGAACUCUUCGAUCUCCGAUCAGUUCAUAGGUGGAGAUGGCGUCUUCUUCGCAUAACGUGGAGUUGGAGGCGGCAAAGUUUCUGCACAAACUCAUUCAAGAUUCUAAAGAUGAGCCGGCAAAGCUGGCGACAAAACUUUUUGUGAUAUUGCAACACAUGAAAUCUAGUGGGAAAGAACAUUCAAUGCCGUUUCAUGUGAUAUCAAGGGCAAUGGAGACUGUUAUCAACCAACACGGUCUUGAUAUGGAUGCUUUGAAGUCAUCACGGGUGCCUCUAACUGGUGGGUCUCAAACAGUGGAUUCAACAUCUGGACAAUAUGCUGGGUCUUCUCAAGCUGUUGGAGUUCCAAAAGAUCCUAAAGCAGGAUUGGUCCAAAAUGAGAUGUCAAAAAUUGAUCCAUUUUCAUCCAUCAGGCCGCCUGUUGGCCCUAGCAUUACCGGACAUGAGUAUUAUCAAGGAGCUGGAACUCAUAGGAGUAGUCAGUCUUUUGAUCAUGAAAGCCCAUCUAGUUUAGAUGCUCGGUCUGCUAACUCGCAAUCGCAAGACAAACAAAUGAAUCAAAAUGAUAGUAUAAAGGCUGCAACUAAGCGAAAGAGGGGUGAUUCAUCAUCGCCAUUGGAACCAAAUUUUGACAAUUCCCAGCAACUUGAUUCUCAUAAUGCUGUGACUGAUCCAAGGAAAGGGAAGAUGAAUAAGGCUGAACCAUCUGGCCCUGCUAACUACAGCAUGGUCCUGAGUAGUGGGCAAAUGGAGCAUUUUCCAUCCUUACCUGGUAAUAUGAGAUCAAUGCUUAGAUGUAGACAGGAUGGUUCGAUUGUACCGGAAAAUCUAGUGGAUACGACAAGCAUUACCAAUUUGAUGUCUCGUGCUCCUAGUUCAAAGUAUCCCGAAGAAGUGGAAGUUUCUUCCACUCAUAAUGUUCCUGGACAGCAGCAAGGGGGAGUACCUGGUUCACAUGAAGUUUUUUCCUCCAGGGGUGUAUGGAAUCAGAACAAGGCUGGGUUACCAUUUGACAGAUCUCAACUUCACAGAUUUCCUCCAAAUGUUGUUUCUGGCAAUAUGACGGCAGAAAUUCCAGCUCAGCAGUCAAUGCAUACAGCUCUUGUAUCAGGUGCUUUUGGGAAGGUUCAAGGAGGACUGCCUGCCACAUCUAACUCAUAUCCGUCAGGAGAACUAGCAUUCUCAGGUCCAGGCCAAUUUAGUGGCGCUGAGAGUCAGAAGCAUGGGUUUUCAAAAGGUUCUGUAACAAGUCCUGAUGGGUUAUCCACGACACUUUCUGCUGGAAAAGUUUUGGAACAUGAGGGAGGAAGUUCGAAUGUGUUAGCAGAUGCAAAUAAGAUAGCUCAGGUUGGCAGGCAAAAUAGUGCCUCAGAAAUGACUAUGCUUAGAGCCACUGCUCCGAGAGAUACGGGAAAGUCUCCUGUCUCCCAAUCUGCCACGUUCUCUGGCAUGCCUUUCAAGGAACAACAGUUGAAACAGCUUAGGGCCCAGUGCCUUGUCUUUUUAGCUUUCAGAAAUGGGUUGAUGCCAAAGAAGCUGCAUCUAGAAAUUGCGCUUGGAAACAUAUAUCCUAAAGAAGUUGGCGAUACAGAUGGUCCUCGCAAAGAGUUGAUUGACACUAGAGGCAAAGCACAGACGUCCAAUGAGCCAAGUAGCAUAUCUGAAGUUGCAAUGCCGUUUGGAAGGAUGAAUAAUGCACCUCCAGGUUCAACAUCUACUGGAAGAUUCCCAGAGGCCGAUUCCUUGUCUAAAGAAGCAGAAAAGUUAAAAAUGGAGGAGAGGAAUGGCCCAACUUCUGAUUUUUCUGCAAUAGCAGAUGAAAGGAAACAUAUUCUAGCUACAAGGAAGGCAGAGGCUGAAAUUCAGAGCCUAGAGGCAGUGGAACCACAGGCAUAUUUAACUACAAUGUCACGACAGCCUGAAUCUGGUACUAUAAAGGGUGGUUUUACUGUUAGUAACCCUGUGGAUGGCAUGGAGAAUGGCCAUCUGCAACUUGGAAAGGGUGAUCAAGCCUCUUCUGUCAUUGGUGCUAAUAAGCAGUUGAACCCCGAAAUGAUGGGCUGGUCUGGAAUUGGCUGUCAUAAUGAGGUUUCCAGAGCAUCUCUGCCAGCCGCUGCUGUCCAGCAUGAUUUGGUGCUAGAGAGAAAAGAUAAUGCUCCUAGUCAGUUUCAAAGUCCUGAGCAAGACGAGGAAGAUAAAUCUGCAUUAACUGAUUCAUUGCCUUCGCCAAAGCAUACUAUGUUGGAGAAAUGGAUUAUGGAUCAACAAAAACGGAAGUUCUUAGCUGAGCAGAACUGGGUUCUAAAACAGCAAAAAACAAAGCAUAGAAUUGUUACUUGUUUUACCAAACUAAAGGAAAAUGUGAGCUCAUCUGAAGAUAUAUCUGCAAAAACCAAAAGUGUCAUAGAAUUGAAGAAACUCCAAUUAUUAGAGCUCCAACGUCGCCUGCGCAGUGAUUUUUUGAAUGAUUUUUUCAAACCAAUUACAAAUGAUAUGGAACGCCUGAAAUCAUACAAGAAACACAGACAUGGUAGAAGGAUAAAACAACUCGAAAAAUAUGAGCAGAAAAUGAAAGAAGAGCGACAAAAGAGAAUUCGUGAGAGGCAGAAGGAGUUUUUCAGUGAGAUAGAAGUUCACAAGGAGAGGCUGGAUGAUGUGUUUAAAAUUAGGAGAGAACGUUGGAAGGGUUUCAAUAAAUAUGUGAAGGAGUUCCAUAAGAGAAAGGAGCGUACACAUCGUGAGAAGAUUGACAGAAUUCAACGUGAGAAGAUUAACUUGCUCAAAAUCAAUGAUGUGGAGGGCUAUUUGCGAAUGGUUCAGGAUGCUAAAUCAGAUCGUGUUAAGCAACUAUUGAAAGAAACUGAGAAAUAUCUUCAAAAACUUGGAUCCAAGUUACAGGAGGCAAAGGCUAUAACAAUCCGCUUUGAAAAUGAUAUGGAUGAGAUGCGAACUGCAAGUGUUGUUGAGAAUGACACUGCUAUGGAGAAUGAAGAUGAGGCAAAGCAUUAUAUGGAAAGCAAUGAAAAGUACUACAUGAUGGCUCAUAGCAUAAAAGAAAACAUCAGUGAGCAACCAACGUUUCUUAAGGGUGGAAAAUUAAGAGAGUACCAGAUGAAUGGCCUCAGGUGGCUGGUUUCACUAUACAAUAAUCAUCUGAAUGGCAUUCUUGCUGAUGAAAUGGGUCUUGGGAAAACUGUUCAGGUUAUUUCUCUUAUUUGUUACCUAAUGGAAACCAAAAAUGAUAGAGGACCAUUUUUGGUGGUCGUACCAUCUUCAGUGCUGCCUGGAUGGGAGUCAGAAAUCAAUUUCUGGGCCCCUGAGAUAAAUAAAAUUGUCUACGCUGGGCCUCCGGAAGAGAGGCGUAGAUUAUUCAAGGAGAGGAUUGUACAGCGGAAAUUUAACGUUCUUCUGACAACAUAUGAGUAUCUAAUGAACAAGCAUGAUAGACCAAAACUGAGCAAAUUACACUGGCAUUAUAUUAUAAUUGAUGAAGGUCAUCGGAUAAAGAAUGCUUCUUGCAAGUUGAAUGCGGACUUAAAGCACUAUCAGAGCUCUCACAGAUUGCUGUUGACUGGAACACCACUACAGAACAAUCUUGAGGAGUUGUGGGCACUGCUCAAUUUCUUAUUGCCUAAUAUUUUUAAUUCAUCAGAGGAUUUCUCUCAGUGGUUCAACAAACCAUUUGAGAGUAAUGGGGACAAUUCUGCUGAUGAAGCCCUACUAUCUGAGGAGGAAAAUUUGUUGAUCAUUAACCGUCUUCACCAAGUUCUUCGACCUUUUGUACUUCGAAGGCUCAAGCAUAAGGUUGAAAAUCAACUUCCUGAGAAGAUUGAGAGGCUUAUAAGAUGUGAAGCUUCUGCUUAUCAGAAACUUUUGAUGAAGAGGGUUGAAGAAAAUCUUGGUGCAAUGGGAAACUCUAAGGCUCGGUCGGUGCACAACUCUGUUAUGGAGCUUCGUAAUAUAUGUAAUCAUCCAUAUCUCAGCCAGCUGCAUGUGGAGGAGGUUGACAAUUUGAUACCACAGCAUUAUUUGCCACCAAUGAUUAGGCUUUGUGGAAAGCUUGAAAUGUUAGAUCGACUACUCCCCAAGUUGAAGGCAACUGAUCACCGGGUUCUUCUCUUUUCCACGAUGACUAGGCUGCUUGAUGUUAUGGAAGACUAUCUCUCCUUAAAACAGUACCGCUACCUUCGGUUGGAUGGGCACACAUCUGGGAAUGAUCGGGGUGCACUUAUUGAUAAUUUUAAUCGACAUGAUUCCCCCUUUUUCAUAUUUUUGCUCAGUAUUCGGGCUGGUGGUGUUGGAGUCAAUCUUCAAGCUGCUGAUACUGUGAUCAUAUUCGACACUGACUGGAAUCCACAGGUUGACCUGCAAGCACAAGCAAGAGCUCACAGGAUUGGCCAGAAGAAGGAUGUGCUUGUCUUACGUUUCGAAACAGUUCAAACUGUUGAAGAACAAGUCAGAGCUGCUGCUGAACACAAAUUAGGAGUUGCUAACCAGAGUAUCACUGCUGGCUUUUUUGACAACAAUACCAGUGCUGAAGACCGUAGGGAGUACUUAGAGUCCCUCCUUCGAGAAUGUAAGAAAGAGGAAGCUGCUCCAGUGUUAGAUGAUGAUGCUCUAAAUGAUGUGUUGGCCCGCAGUGAGUCUGAGAUUGAUGUGUUUGAAUCAGUUGAUAAGCAAAGGCGGGAAGAAGAGAUGGCAAAGUGGAAAAAGUUGGUAUUGGGAUCAGGGAUGGAUGGCUCCAAGACUUUACUGCCUUUACCAUCUCGCCUUGUAACAGAUGAUGACUUGCAAGAAUUUUAUGAAGCAAUGAAAUUGUAUGAUGUACCAAAGACUGGGGUGCAGCCUAAUGUUGGGGUAAAGCGGAAGGGUGAAAAUCUCGGUGGUCUUGAUACUCGGCAAUAUGGGAGGGGAAAACGAGCAAGAGAGGUGCGAUCGUAUGAAGAGCAAUGGACAGAGGAGGAGUUUGAAAAAUUGUGUCAAGUUGACUCACCUGAAUCUCCUAAAUUGAAGGAAGAAGCUGUGGAGAGGAACUUGCCAAAAGAUGCUUCAGUGGAGACUGUUAGUAGCACAGAAGCUAAUGCUCCAGCUCCACCACCUCCACCUCCUCAACCACUUCCAGUGGAGCAUGCACAGCAGCCACAGCAGCAGAGCAAAGAUGCAACACCACCAUCUAAACGGGGCCGUGGAAGGCCAAGAAGAGCAACUGCAGAUAAAUCUCCAACUACACAAGUGCUUCCAGCACCUUCUGGAAUCAGUAAAGUGGAUGCCGGGUUACAGAAAGUGUUAGAGUCUAGCUCCUCAGCAUCCCCUGCUCCUGAUCCUCAUAAUAGUACAGGAGUUUCUCAGAACUUGCAGCCGAGUAUGCCCUCUGUUUCUGCUACUCCUGAUCAAUCUAAUCCACCUGGAUUCUCUCCAAUGGUGCAAUUAAAAGGACAAGGUCGAAAGGCUCAAACUGGAGGGCAAGCACCUCGUCGAAGGGGAAAGAAACAAGAGCCAGCUUUCAGCUCUGCCAUCGAUGGUUUAGCUGGUUCUCCUCCAAAACCGGAUGAACAAUCUCAGAUUAAAUCAGUUAAUCCAGCAGAUAGUCAAGCUGUUGCUAUUAGUGGAACUGUCCCUGGUGUUUCCAGUGUUCCAAAGACUGAGUACGCCAAUCAGUUACCCACUUCUGCAGGUGUGGAUUGUGCUAGUGGAACCAAUCAUCCUGCUGGUGCCGGGAUUAGUUUGAACUCUCAGUCAACUCCUACUCCCUCUGGUGCACCAAUCACUCAAUCAACUCCUCCUUUGCCUACUGUACCUGUCCAAGUUAAAGGCCAAGGCCGUAAGGCUCAGAGUGGGUUAGGACCACCUAGGCGUAGGGGAAAGAAACAGGCACCAAUAUCAGCUGCUUCUCUGGAUGUUUCAGCUGGUCAGGAUUCAAAAUCAAAUCCACAAGCACAGGAUAAAUCUGCAGAUGCAUUUCCAAAUAAAGUCAUUGCAAUGAGAGGUAAUCAAGAAAAUGACACUACUGAUGCGACAAAGCUUAUUCAAGAGCAAGCACAGGGAACGAAAGCACCUGCUGCCAUAACUGCUCAGGAUCAACAUUCUACUGAAUCUCAAAGCAAGCAGCCAGAAAGCUCACAGGCUGUGCAUAAUAGUACCGCCAUAACCCUUGGUCCUGCUGUGGUACAAAUUCAAAAUGCUGAUGUGCAUGAGAAGGCUUCUGUGAUUACGGAGGUUUCACCUGAAUGCAGCUCUCAAAAAUCAAAGUCUGGUGAGGUAUGUGGUAACCAAGGUGGUGCUGUACCAGUUAUACCUGUAUUAAGUCAUACCUCAGUUGAAGUGGUAAAGAAUCAAAUUUCAGAAGAUAAAGUGCAUGCAACUAUUUCAACUGUGAAAACAGCAUCUUCGGUUGCUGGUGCUACAAUGGAUUGUUUGCCUUCAUCAGAUCCUUUAGAAGGUGCCAAUAAAACCAUGCCUAGAGCCACUGCAAAGAUUGCUUCCAGCUCUCAGCCUUUUCCAACUUAUGCUCCUGUUGCUUCAGCACCUCAGUCUGUUGCUUCUUGUCCCGCUGAAUGUGUUCAAAGUAAAAGGCCAGGUCGAAAGACCACAAAUAGGGCAGAAGCACCUAAGCGUAGAGGACGGAAACCUGUGAUUCCUGACGCUUCAUCUGGUCAGGACUUGAAAGUAAAUUCUCAACCCCAGAAUAAAUCAAGGGAUUUAUUGGUCAAUAAAGCUCCUACAAUGAAGAACAGUCAAGAUUCUGGCCCUCAUGAACUGGCAAAUGUUACUCAGGUACAUGCAUCUGAAGUUCAUUCUCCUGGUGCUUUAGUUGGUCAUGAUUCGAAGAGAAAAGUGACUAGUGCAAUUCAAUUUACUCGAAUUCAGACUGCUGAUGUAAAUGAUGUUGCCCGAGUGAUGAAGGAGAUUUUUUCUGAAACCUGUUCAUCAAAAACUAAAGUUGGUGAACCUGCUGGGAGUGAGGGCUGGAAUACUCCUACUGCACCAUUAUCAAGCAAGACGCUUGAGGAGGUAACCAAGAACCAAAGUUUAGAUGGUAAAACAUGUGUCAACUCACCAGCUCAUGAUCAAGCUGCUGCAGCUUGUGAUGUUCCGACUGAAAAAAAUACAAAGCAGGCUGAGACCAAAGCCGAUGCAAAAGAACUGGAGGACAACACAUCUCUUGUGGUGAAGGACUCUGUUCAGAGAGCUGAUUCUUUGAAACCUAAAUGCAAGACCCAUACCGGCUUUGACAACAUUGCAGAUUCGGGACAAACUACAAGUGAAAAUUCAAUUACAGAGAGUAAUAUGGAGGUUGAUAGUACAUGUCCUCUCAAUGCUGGUGAGAAGAAAGAUGUGUGUCAAGGACCUCCUGGUCCUGGUGGUGAUCACACAGGUUCCAGAGUUCAACCUGACCCUCCUGGUCCAAUGGACCUGCCUCAAACUGCUGAGAGUGAUAAAACCAACAUAGCGCCUGUUUUUAAAGAAUCUCCUAAAGCUGAUAAUACAUGUGAUAAUUCCAGAGCGGUUCCAUCUGUUGCAGGUGUGGUGGAGCCUUCUAUUAUUGACUCUGAAACCAAAAAAGAAAGUCCUGGUAUGACUGAGAUUUAUCCUGGGAAUGAAGUAGAGCCUUCUUUGAAAGAAUCUCCUAAAGCUUCUGAUGAUAAUGGUAGAAGUGUUGGUCUUAAUGGUAUUCCUUCAGAAACAUUGGAUUCGGAUCUAUCUGCUGUUAAUUUGAGUGGCAUAUCCUUUGACAAGUCAGACUUGCCUUCUGUAGUCUUAAAGUGCUCUACAGAAGCCAUUGUUGUUGAAGGUCCAGAAGUUUCAGAAAACUCAGACAACCUUGGGGCUACUGCUGUGGUGGACGAUGCAGCUCCAGCCUGUGAGACUUCUAUUUUGGAUGAGGCUCCUGUUGACAAUUGCGAUGUGGAUGGUCAAUUUGGUUGCGGUGAAGCUAAGGGUGACCCUGUACCAGAAUCUUUUCUCUCUACUGCCACUGAUUCUACUGAUACAGAGCUUGUUCCACAAGAUGGCGGGGGCUUGCAACAACCACUUGUUGUUAAAGAUGGGGAGGGUGAUGGUGUUGAGAUUCACAAUAUGGAAGUAGAUCCCUCUGAAACGGAUGUGCCCUCUCUGAAUGAUUUUACUGUUGAAUCAGCCAGUAGGGAUCCUGCUUCAGAAUUUAAUGGUGGUAAGCAACUGUGUGCAGGAGUUAAAAGUACUAAGGGUGAUUAUGUUGAAGUUUGUGAUGCAGAAGUUAAACCCUCAGUAACACAAUCAUCAGAGCCAGCUAUGUCAUCUCUGGAAAUAGCAGUUCCUGUUUCUGAUAAUUUACAGGACAAGAAUAUUGAACAACCCAGGAUAGAUGCUGAUGCAAACAAAUCAGAGGAGAAACCUCCUGUUGUGGUUAUGACCCCUAUUUCGGAAAGUGUUUCUUUAGUAUCUCAGUGCCAGGCUGCUAUUGGCUCUGAGAACAUUUCAGAUUCCAGAAAGCUUUCGUGCGAAAACUCAAACACUGAGAGCAGCAUGGGGGUUGAUUGUAAAGUUCAUCUCAGUGCUCGUGAGGAGGAAGAUUUUGCUUCCCAGGGAUUAAAGAGUCCUAAUGGAGAUAGCACUGACCUGACUGAUGGGCCCUCUAGCAACCAAAUAGAGUUAUCUGUGGCAUCUCCUAUUAAGGUAGAACCUCCUCAGUUGAAUAGUUGUGGAAAUAAAACUGAGAUCUCUUCAAUGUCUCCUUGUGAUGUUAGUAAACUUGAAUCUCUCAUAGACUCUACAAAUGGAAGUGAUGUUCGUAAUCAUUCUGAAGCUAUCUCAUCUAUUUCUGUUUUGAUUGCGCCUAAUGUGGCCAGCUCUGAAGACAAAGAAAAAUCUUCCAUGGAAUUUUCAAACUCAUCUCCUCUUGAUAUUAGUUCUUCAAAGGCUGGUGCUGCUUGUGAUUAUUCUGGAGUGACUGCGGUAGUUCCUUUGAGUUCAGAUCAUUCAGUUGCUGGAAGCCUUCCUGAUCUGGCGAUUCCAUCUGAAAACAGUUCAGAACCUUCUGCUAGAGAGUCUUUAGGAUCUUCUGCUAUCAAUGUUGAAAGUGCUGAAGGUACUCCAAAUGUCAUCAAAUUUCAUGAUGUUGCUGAUAAUCCCGGAGAGUCUUUACCUAUUACCAUUGGUCCAGAUAAGUCAGGCACGGUGGACACACCUGCUAUGGUUGAGAGCAAUUCUGAAUGUGAAGCAGAGCCUUGUCCAGAUAAGUCAGGCAUGGUGGAGGCACCUGCUAUGGUUGAGAACAAUUCCGAAUGUGAAGCAGAGUCUUUUCCAGAUAAGUCAGGUGUGAUGGAGGCACCUGCUAUGGUUGAGGACAAUCCUGAAUGUGAAGCAGAGCCUUGUCCAGAUAAGUCAGGCAUGAUAGAAGCACCUGCUAUGGUUGAGAACAAUUCUGAAUGUGAAGCAGAGCCUUGUCCAGAUAAGUCAGGCAUGGUGGAGGCACCUGCUAUGGUUGCAAACAAUUCUGAAUGUGAAGCAGAGCCCUGUCCGGAUAAUUCAGGCAUGGUGGAAGCACCUGUUAUGGUUGAGAAUAAUUCUGAAUGUGAAGCAGAGCCUUGUCCUGAUAAGUCAGGCAUGGUGGAGGCACCUUCUGUGGUUGAGACUAAUUCUGAACGUGAGGCAGAGUCUUCUUUGGAAUCUUGUCAAAAAGCUUCUGCCCUCGAUGUUGAGAACCUUGGAAGUGCUGCAAUGUCCAAAAAGCCUGAUAUUAAUGAUGUUCCUCUUGUGACUUCAAGUAUUUCUCCAAGUCCCAUUCAUUCAGCAAUGGUGGAACUUCCUGCUAUUACUGAGAGUGAAUUGGGAAAGGCAACAGAACCUUCUUUGGAAGAGUCUUUACAAUCCUCUGCCACCGAGAGAGGAAACCUUGAGGCCCUCAGUGUUUCCACCAAAUCACAUGCUCUUAGUGAUCAUUGUCCAGAAGCUGUAGCUGCUGAAUGCUGUGGUGAAGCCUUUAUUGGAGGUCCUGAAGUUUCACAAAAAUCUAAUGAUCCUGGAGCUGCUCCUGUGGUGGUUGAUACAGCAGCAGGUGACAAUCAUGUUUCACAUCAGGCUUCUGAUAAUGUGGAUGGUCCAUCUAGUGGGAGUGAAAAUAAGAGGGACUCAGUGUCAGACCCCAUACACUUGGUUGCUUCAGAAUCUACUAAUAUAGAAACUAUGCCAAAAGAUGAUGCGUUGCAAGUGUCAUCGUCUGUUGAAAGGGGUGAUGGUAAUUCUGUUGAUGUUAGCAAUGAGGAAGUAGACCCCUCUGGACAGCCAAUUUCUUCUAUGAAGGAUUUUGCUGCUGAAUCUGCUAAUGUAGAUUUUGUUCCUGGGGAUCAUGGUGAGGUGAAGCCCUCUCUGGGAAUUGAGAGUAUAGGGAGUGAUCAUGUUGACAAUGAUGCUGACCCUCUGGAAAUAGAAGCAUCCAUCGAGCAAGAUGUUGUGGGUGUACCAUCCGGCAUGGAGCUUGUUCCUGGAGAUCACAACAAAAUGCAUCUUGAAGUAGGAGUUGCAAGUACCGAAGGUGAUAAUAUUCAGGUUAGAAACACAGAAGUUGACCCCUUGGAAGCUCAUGCAACUUCAUCAGAAUUUACCACCAAGGAAUCCCCAAAUGGAGAGCAUGUUCUAAAUGAUCAAUCUCAAGAGCUCCCGGGAAUUGAGAAGAUGGAGGCAGACAAUGUUGAGGCUUCUACCAUUGGACUAAACUCUUCAGAAGCACAGGAAUCUUCACUGCAAUCUGGUGAUUCUGAUAAUAGAGAGCUUGUUCAGAGGUCUGAGGUUGAUCUAGUUGAGCCCUGCAAUGUGGAAUCAGAUCCCACAGAAGGACCAUCCUCAUCACAAGUUAUCUCUGAUGCAUCUGCCAAUCCAGAGCUUACACAUAGCGAUCAAGUUAGAACCGACCUUCAAUCAGAAGAUCAUGGUAAAGCUUCUCAGCUGCCUGAAGUUGAAAGUACCAAUGUCUCCAAUAUGGAAAUAGAUCCCACAGAAACCAAAGCUUCUUCACCAGGUGGGGAUGAAACUGAUGUCUCCAAUAUGGAAAUAGACCCCAUAGAAACAAAAGCCCCUUCAUCGGGUGCGGAUGGAACUAAUGCUUAGAUUAACUCGGGAUGAAGCUAGAGUUGUGUAAUAGACAGAGGUGUCAUUCUUUUGAUCCCCUUCGCAGUGGCACACUGAAUCAUUGUUUCAAAUUUGUAGAUAUUUAUCUAAAUCUUAUCGCAGUUGUAAAUACCUCCGCUCUUUAGCCGUAAGCCUGAGCAUCAGCAAAAAUAGUUGGUUACUUUUACUUGCUUUCUCCAAGUCCAAGGGUUGAAGAAUUUAGAAAGAACUGCUGAGCAGUAUAAUGAAGUAGCUAUUAGCUGAUCUUCCCUGCU